UCUUCCAGAUUAUGUUACAUAAUACAGGAUCAAAAUUAAACAGUAUAAUGCUUACGAGAUUAAAUUGAGGAGGGUACCAUGUGGAGGCCAUGCAGAGGUAAAACACUUGCCAGAAUGACUUCUCAUGCUCCCAGAACUCUCAGAUAGUACAAGGAAAACCUGUGAAGGUGCCUUAGUCGUGCUGAUAAGCCUAGUCAUUCUGCUGGGUAGUAAAUCAAUCAGCCUUUGUUUGGCGAUGUGCAUGCACACCGUUUUUGUUUUACUUCCUGCCCCUCUCACUACCAUCACCCCCCUCUUCUUUUUUUCUGCUGAGGUUAAUAUUUAAUUUAUUGCCCAUGAGGACGGGGGAAAUACAUAUAAUAAGGAUUCAGCACCUGUGGAGCCAUUUGGAGUACUCCAGCAAGUGAGUGGGGAGACAUCACUGCGGUUCCUCAAGACUCUACACCAUAUCCAGACUCCAGCAGACUCCAGCAGACUCCACACACUUUUCCUUUACGUUAGCAGCACUGAGAGGGGGAAGCAUGGGUAACUUUUGGAGAUGGCUAUGGUGUCAAAGGAACUAUGUGAUCAUCAUUUUCACCCCACUCAUCUUCCUUCCUUUGCCAAUCGUAGUGCCAACAUCGGAGGCUAAAUGUGGCUACGCCAUCAUCGUGAUGGCUCUGUACUGGUGCACAGAGUGCAUGCCACUGGCGGUCACGGCUCUGCUCCCCGUCGUGUUCUUCCCCUUAAUGGGCAUCAUGCAGGCCGAACAGGUCAGUGUUCAGUACCUGAAAGACACCAACAUGCUGUUCAUUGGUGGGCUGCUGGUUGCCAUUGCCGUGGAGAACUGGAAUCUGCACAAGCGCAUCGCUCUUGGAGUCCUGCUGCUGGUGGGAGUGCGGCCUGCUCUGCUAAUGAUGGGUUUCAUGGGUGUGACGGCCUUCCUCUCCAUGUGGAUCAGUAACACGGCCACCACCGCCAUGAUGUUGCCCAUUGCGCAGGCUGUGCUGGCCCAGCUAUCGGUCACCGAGGCCGAGGGUGACGAGCGGGAGUUGCGGGGCGGGACCAGCAACCAGGCCUUUGAGAUGGAGGACGUCAGAGACAGAAAGGCACCUAUGGAGGACUUUAACAAAGCCCACACGGACGUGGAGCAGGGUGUCGACCAGGCUUUAGAGGACAGGAGGAAGGCACGCGAGCAGAAGUACACGCUUCUGGGCAAAGGGAUGAGCCUGUGUGUGUGUUACUCUGCCAGCAUCGGGGGCACUGCCACUCUGACGGGCACCACCCCCAACCUCAUCCUGCAAGGCCAGCUCAAUUCGAUCUACCCAGAUAACAACGGCAUCAUCAACUUUGCGAGCUGGUUUGGCUUUGCCUUUCCCAACAUGCUGUUGAUGCUUGUCUUCUCGUGGAUGUGGCUGCAGUUCAUGUAUCUGGGCUUCAAUCUGAAGAAGUCCUUUGGUUGUGGUACCAAAGACAAAGGCGACAAGGAAGCUUACCAGGUGAUGAGGGACGAGUACAAGAAGCUGGGCCGCAUUUCGUUCGCCGAGGGGUCUGUGCUCGUCAUUUUCAUCCUCCUGGUGGUGUUGUGGUUCACCAGGGAGCCGGGCUUCAUGCCUGGAUGGGCCUCCGCGCUCUUAAAGGGCACCGGCUUUGUCUCAGACGGGACCGUGGCCAUCUUUAUGUCCGCUCUGUUCUUCGUCAUCCCCUCCAAGUGGCCAUUCACCUUCUCAGAAGAGAACGACACGGACAAUAGUGGCAACAGAGAUGAUGACAGCAGCAGUGACAAUGACAGUGAUGAAGAGGACAAAAAAAACAAGAAAAGGAAAUCAGAGAAGAAAUCAAAGAAAUCAGCGGGAAAGAUGAAGGCCCCUGUACCCUUGCUGACCUGGGACGUGGUGCAUCAGCGCAUGCCCUGGAACAUCAUCCUUCUGCUGGGUGGAGGCUUCGCACUGGCCAGUGGUAGUGAGGCCUCUGGACUGUCCAAGUGGCUGGGAGAGAGCCUGGCUCCGCUGCAGUCGAUCCCUCCCUUCGCCAUUUCCUUGCUGCUGUGCCUCCUGGUGGGCACCUUCACCGAGUGCUCCAGCAACACGGCCACCACCACCCUCUUUCUGCCCAUCCUCGCCUCCAUGGCCACUGCUAUUAAGCUCCACCCCCUUUAUGUCAUGCUGCCCUGCACCAUUUCCGCUUCGCUGGCCUUCAUGCUGCCAGUGGCCACACCCCCAAACGCCAUCGCCUUCUCCUAUGGCAACCUCAGAGUCAUAGACAUGGCAAAGGCUGGCUGCGUUCUCAAUGUGAUUGGCAUUCUCACAAUCAACUUGGGUAUCAACACCUGGGGCAAAGCCAUGUUCCAUCUGGAUACCUUCCCUACGUGGGCCUACAACACAUCUACGCCUGCUAUAUGAACCAAGGAGAUUAUCGCUGCUACACUGCCACAGGGAACAGAGAGAGAGAGAGAGAGAGAGAGAGAGAUAGAGAGAGAGAGAGAAGUGUGUAAGUAUGUGAGUAAAUAAGUUAAGUAAGCAAGUUAGUAUGUUAAGAAAGAUAGAAAGAAAGAAAGGAAAU